GUAGUUGGAUUUACGAAAAAAAUUUGACCAACCAAAUUAAUUUAUAAAAUAUUAUGUAUGAUGUUUGAGUAGUUAUUUUUGCUUGGGUGGGUAAAGCUUCAUUACAAGCUCUCUAGCAAACAAAAAUAUUUUACCUCCGAUCUGGAGCCAGGCGUGUCUAAUGCAAAGGCUAGAAAUGAAGAUUUCGCACACCAUCUGUUUGUUCUAUUUUUUUUACAAAUGUCGGAAACACAUGUUACACAUUCUUUACUGAGGUUAGGAAAAAGGUAAUAAGGAUACAAAACAACGAACAGCGUUGUAGGAAAGCCCCCAACUUUCCUAUGCAGAAGGUAUUACAGCUGGCCUCAGUGUGCUGUCCCUGUUGUGCGGCGAAGUCGUCAGAUAACGAGGUAGAUGUCGGAAGCAAUUUUGAGUACGUCGUCCACAACCAUUACAUAUACAAAGUGCGGAAGCCGGCGACAACUGUGAGAACUGGCAUACCUGAAGAAUUCAAAAUCGGCGACACCAUCUCCAACCACAGCAGCCCAACAUACCGCAGAGAUAAAAAGAAAAGUGAAAGACGAAGAUCCCGAAUUUACCCAGAAGGUUCGUUAGCGGAGGGAUUCGAUGAAAGAAACGUCACGGGGAUCGAUCAGAUCAAGAACAUCAAUUCGGAAGGCGUACAAGUGUAUUUCGUUGAAAAUAACGAAACAUCGGCCCCGUUGAAGUCGUACAAUGCACAUUCGCCUUUAUCGGCAAUAUCGAAACACCUAUACUCGGACAUCGCCGGCGAUUCGAGCCUUCUUUACAGCCGAGAAGAAACCGCCACAGGAGAAUCGAAGAAGGAGAACAGCACCUACAGCCUUUCGCUUUCACAGGAGGAAACACUCACAGGAAAAUAUGUCGAUUUGUCGUCCUCGUCCUCCAUCCCGGCGAGCCACUGUGGAAGAGCGAGAGCUGAAAAAUCCGUGCAAAAGUCGAGAACUUUUAAAGAAGCCAUGGAACUUCCAGAAAUGAAAAAACCGAGACAAAACCCGGGAGGAAACGGUGGACACGGUUACUGAAAACCAAUUAAUUGUAAAUAACUCGUUUUUAACUUGGUUAUCAAAAGAUAAUCUUUCAUAUCGAAUUUAAAAAAAAAAACGAAAAUAUUUUAA